CCCAAACCGCCUUGGGCUCAGAGGUGCAGGGACCCGCGAUCAUUCAGUCACAGCCUCAGCAUCUCUCCCGCGACAAUAAAUAUAUGAUGCAAAAGUGUGUCAGAACCAUGACCGACAGGUACCAGAGGGCGGCCCGGGACGGACACCUGGGUUUGCUGAAGGAGGCGACGCGCAGGGACCUAAACGGGCCGGACGAAGACGGCAUGACACCGGCGCUCUGGGCCGCCUAUCACGGCAAUCUCGCGGCGCUGCGUCUCAUCGCUGGGAAAGGGGGUGACCUGGACAAGUGUGACAUCUGGGGCAGCACCCCGCUCCACCUGGCAGCGGCCAACGGCCACCUGAACUGCGUCUCUUUCCUGGUGUCGUUCGGCACUAAUGUCUGGUGCCUGGACAACGAUUCCCACACUGCUCUGGAGGUGGCGGCCUCGCGGGGCCACAUCAACUGCGUGCGUUACCUGGACUCAGUGGUAGCCAGGCAGGAGGGGCUGAACCCCAAGCUGGUGGGCAAGCUGAAGGAGCGGGCGCAGAGCGCCAUGCAGCGCCGGACCCGCGCCGGGCAGAACGCAUGGCGUGAGCACCAGGACCUCUUGGAGCGUUAUGACUAUUGGGGUGGGCAAGAUGCCAUGAGCUUCUAUAGUUACACCAGCAGCAAGACCUUUGGCAUCAGCACCUCCAGAAUCUCCCUUUCCCAGCAAGCUGACUCUCCUCUGUUCCUGCAGGCCACCUUGCAGUCUGUCGCCAAGGGCAAGGCCAAGAUCCAGAAGAUGCUGCAAAGGAGGAAGCAGGUGGCGGGGGCCUUCGCUGUGGCCGAGGACGCCCCCCCCCCUGCCGGGCUCACCAGGGCAUAUGAUGUCAUGUUCCCUUCUCACACGUGCCCCAGGGACCCCCUGUUUCGCCCCAGAGCCUGUGACAUGUUCCCCUUUGGUGACAGCGAUGCCAUAUCCCGCGCCGUGAGUGACCCGGGCCUGUGUGUGGCCGAGCUGGUCGGCUCGCAGGCCAGGAUGGACUUGGGCUACGAAUCGCUUUUCAGUCGGCCCGGAAUGGGGACCGUGAUGUUCAGACGCACCUACUGCCCUGGUGCAGGGACCGGAGCCACUGUGCCGGGCCGCAGGAUGGUGGGGACCGGGCCGGCGCUGUGGCGCUCUCCUAGCCUGGACAGCUGCCUGCUGGAGUGGGACCAGAGGGAGGCACCGUGGGGGUCACGGCUGAGCCUAGGGGCGGAUGCCGGUGGCGAUGAUGCCUCUCCUCUGGAGGCCUUCCUGGCUGCGUGGGGAGCCAGUGAAUUCCUGCCCGUGUUCCAGCAGGAGAAGAUCACCCUGGAUGUCCUGCUGAUUUGCUCCGACCACGACCUCGAGGGAGUCCGCAUCCCACUGGGACCCCGUCGGAAAAUCAUGGAAGGUUGCCGACGGAGACGAGAGGCACUGCAGGACCCUGGCGACCUCCAGGACACAAAGCUGUGA